UCAUGGGUUGUAUAGGGAAGUUUUUGCAGUGGUUUACAGUUGCAGUCACUUCAGUGUUUGCAAAUAUUGUCUGCACCAGUGAGCAAGCCCUGAGCUCCAGGAGGAGGCUGAGCCCUGUGUGUGUGUGUCUGGCUGUGGACUGGGGGGCUCCUCUGAUGCUGGCUUUUUUUUCUUCUUCUAAUUGCUAUGCAAUGACAUUUGCAUGAAAACCUGGCGUACUUCUUCCAUUCUACAGGGAUCUAUCCUCUGCAAGCUCUGGAUUCUAUCCUAUUAUUAUUGCAGCAGCACAGACCUGCUCUGACUCUAUGGUAGCACUUCUACUUUUAUAGAAUAUUUUACCUAUUAGAAUUUUUAUUUUUUUUUAAUUUUUUUACAUUUUGAAUUUUCUGUAAAUCAUGGAUGUUCUACCAAUGUGCAGCAUCUUCCAGGAGCUUCAGAUUGUGCACGACACUGGCUACUUCUCUGCUCUGCCAUCCCUGGAGGAGUACUGGCAACAGACGUGCUUGGAACUUGAACGCUACCUACAAAGUGAACCUUGCUAUGUUUCGGCCUCUGAAUUUAAGUUCGAUCGGGAAGAGGACCUUUGGACCAAAUUUAUCCUGGCAUGUGAGAAAAAGGAUGAGCCGGACUCGCAGCUGAUCUGCAUUAAAACCGAGGACAUUUCUGACAGUCAGAAUUUAGAGACAACUAGCCUGAACUCUGACAUUAGUAGUGAAUUGUCGGACAGCUCUGAAGAACUUUCCCCGACCUCCAAAUUUACCUCAGACCCGAUCGGUGACAUGGUGAUUAAAACGGAGCCAUUUAGCUCAUCGGUCACAUCCACCCCACCUUCAUCCCCAGAGCAAGGCAAGGAGUCCCCCACUCAUUUGUGGAAUGCUAUCACUGGAGAGCUCCAUUCCCCAGGGAAAGUGCGCUCCGGGUGCUUUGGAAAGACUCUUGAACAGGGUAGUCCGAUCAGCGGAGAGACUUCGCCGGACGGCAAGAAACGUGUCCACAAGUGUCUUUUUAAUGGCUGCAAGAAAGUUUACACCAAGAGCUCGCAUUUAAAAGCACAUCAGCGUACCCAUACAGGAGAGAAGCCUUACAGAUGUUCAUGGGAGGGCUGUACGUGGCGUUUUGCACGAAGUGACGAACUGACCAGACACUUCCGAAAACACACUGGUGCCAAGCCAUUUAAGUGCACACAUUGUGACAGGUGUUUCUCCAGAUCAGACCAUCUGGCUCUGCACAUGAAGCGACACAUGUGAAUGAAUGCGGAAGUCACGUGAUUUAGAGUAACCUCAAGGUUAAAUUGCCUUGUGCGAGGGAUGCGAGUUCCAGCCAAAGCAUGCCAGUUUGCACCCUAACCAGUUGCCUUCAAGACCUCACUUUCUCCAAGAGGCUUUGCAGGGCUUAUCAAUCGUGUGAGAUGCGGCAUAGCCACCAUACAGUGCUACUUCUGGAGCUGACCGGGCCUGUGCACUAUUGGUGCUUUAUCUUCUGAGUGGCUUGUCUAAGCCGUCGCCGUGAGCAUGUGCACUGAGAAUGUUAAUGACUGGGUGACUGAAUGGUGACCAGGAGCCAAUGUCUGAAUGAGGAAGAACUUUUUAUUUUUUGUUAUGGUUGAGUUCAGUUGUGAGGGAUUUAAAAAAAAAAAUAGUUAUUAAAAAAACGGUUUGAAUGUUUUGUAUGCUAUGGCAUACUGAGUUAUAUGGGACAACCAUCUGUCAUUCUGCUUGGAAAAGGGGGGACCUUGCUGCUGAAAGGCGCUAAAGCCCCCCUCUGUAUAAGCAGAUGAUCCCUUUCCUGUGUGAGAGGUGCUUUUGUUGUCUGGUGCAGCUAUUAAACGUGCAAUGUGUCAAGUAGCUCGUUUUGCUACAACGAUCGUUUGUAAUCCAUUGUAUAAGCUGUGUAUCUACCAAUUAUAACACAACUAUAACUUCAUUAUAAUAGAAAAGGUAUUGCAUGGAUCAGGGGGAAAUGUGUACGCUUCUCCAUUCUUUAAUCAGGACUGCAGUUAUGAUUCCAGUUGAGAGCAGCUAAAUACAAUUGGUCUGUUGUUACGUUACUUAUGUAUAGAACUGAAAAAAAAAAUAAAAAAA